AUGUAUAAGACGUUAAUUGUUAACGGCGGCAAUAAAAACACUGAUGAUUUCAUUAAAAAAUCACAAAGAACUUUUGAAACGAAAGUUCUAAAGGAAAUUGAUGAUGAUCAUUAUUUUAAACCAUUUUCAGAACGUCUAAGUAUCAAGGCAUUUCUGCAACAAGAAAAUUUAAAUUUUAAGGACCCAAUAUCAAAUACGUAUGUGGAUGCUAGAGGAACUUUUGAAACGAAAAAAACUGAAGUUGUUUUGAUUCACAGGAAUGUGGAUGCAGAAUUUAUUAAAGAGUUAGAAUAUACAUAUCAGUUCAGUGGUGGAAAUAUACAAUCCAAUGUUAUGGAAAUUUUACAUCGAGAUUUGCAUAGUAGCAAUAUUCUUGAUAAAAAUGGUUAUAAUAAUUUUCCAGAAUUAUUCAAAAGUCAACCGUAUUCAUUAUCUUUGUCCGAAGACUUUGUCGAAAAACAUUAUCCAAAUAGUAUUUGGUCAGAAUUUAAUAAAGCUGAAAAAAAACGAAUUGAAUUGGUCAAAUCCAAAAAACCAUUUGUAAAAAAUCCGGGAUAUUAG